AUGCGACUUGUCCAGCUCAUUGGUUUGAGGACACACAAAGAAGUCAUUCUUUAUGCAUUUUAUCGUUAUCUUUCUUUCUUUUUCUUUCUUUCUUUCUUUCUUUUUCAUUCUUUCUUUCUUUGUCUCUUUUAUUCUUCCUUUCCUCUCCCUCUUUUCUUUCUUUCUUUCGUAAUCAUUCUUUCUUUCUUUCUUUCUUUCUUUCUUUCUUUCUUUCUUUCUUAUUAUUGCAUUCUUUUUAUUUAUUUCUUUUUGUUUCUUUUUGUUUGUUUGUUUGUUUCUUUCUUUUUCUCUUUCUAUCUUUCUUUAUUUUCCUCUCUUUUUUCUUUUUCUUUUUUUUAUUUCUUCUCCUAUUUUCAAUUAGCAUCGUCAUCCAAAGGAUUGUUUUUACCGCGCUUCGUGUGCAAAGUCUUCCACUUCUUACAGUCAUUUGCUUCUCUUUUUCUUCUACGUCUUUACAAUUCAUAA